CCCCCCCCCCCCCCCCCCCCCCCCCCCCCCCCCCCCCCCCCCCCCCCCCCCCCCCCCCCCCCCCCCCCCCCCCCCCCCCCCCCCCCCCCCCCCCCCCCCCCCCCCCCCCCCCCCCCCCCCCCCCCCCCCCCCCCCCCCCCCCCCCCCCCCCCCCCCCCCCCCCCCCCCCCCCCCCCCCCCCCCCCCCCCCCCCCCCCCCCCCCCCCCCCCCCCCCCCCCCCCCCCCCCCCCCCCCCCCCCCCCCCCCCCCCCCCCCCCCCCCCCCCCCCCCCCCCCCCCCCCCCCCCCCCCCCCCCCCCCCCCCCCCCCCCCCCCCCCCCCCCCCCCCCCCCCCCCCCCCCCCCCCCCCCCCCCCCCCCCCCCCCCCCCCCCCCCCCCCCCCCCCCCCCCCCCCCCCCCCCCCCCCCCCCCCCCCCCCCCCCCCCCCCCCCCCCGCCCCCCCCCCCCCCCCCCCCCCCCCCCCCCCCCCCCCCCCCCCCCCCCCCCCCCCCCCCCCCCCCCCCCCCCCCCCCCCCCCCCCCCCCCCCCCCCCCCCCCCCCCCCCCCCCCCCCCCCCCCCCCCCCCCCCCCCCCCCCCCCCCCCCCCCCCCCCCCCCCCCCCCCCCCCCCCCCCCCCCCCCCCCCCCCCCCCCCCCCCCCCCCCCCCCCCCCCCCCCCCCCCCCCCCCCCCCCCCCCCCCCCCCCCCCCCCCCCCCCCCCCCCCCCCCCCCCCCCCCCCCCCCCCCCCCCCCCCCCCCCCCCCCCCCCCCCCCCCCCCCCCCCCCCCCCCCCCCCCCCCCCCCCCCCCCCCCCCCCCCCCCCCCNCCCCCCCCCCCCCCCCCCCCCCCCCCCCCCCCCCCCCCCCCCCCCCCCCCCCCCCCCCCCCCCCCCCCCCCCCCCCCCCCCCCCCCCCCCCCCCCCCCCCCCCCCCCCCCCCCCCCCCCCCCCCCCCCCCCCCCCCCCCCCCCCCCCCCCCCCCCCCCCCCCCCCCCCCCCCCCCCCCCCCCCCCCCCCCCCCCCCCCCCCCCCCCCCCCCCCCCCCCCCCCCCCCCCCCCCCCCCCCCCCCCCCCCCCCCCCCCCCCCCCCCCCCCCCCCCCCCCCCCCCCCCCCCCCCCCCCCCCCCCCCCCCCCCCCCCCCCCCCCCCCCCCCCCCCCCCCCCCCCCCCCCCCCCCCCCCCCCCCCCCCCCCCCCCCCCCCCCCCCCCCCCCCCCCCCCCCCCCCCCCCCCCCCCCCCCCCCCCCCCCCCCCCCCCCCCCCCCCCCCNCCCCCCCCCCCCCCCCCCCCCCCCCCCCCCCCCCCCCCCCCCCCCCCCCCUCCCCCCCCCCCCCCCCCCCCCCCCCCCCCACCCCCCCCCCCCCCCCCCCCCCCCCCCCCCCCCCCCCCCCCCCCCCCCCCCCCCCCCCCCCCCCCCCCCCCCCCCUCCCCCCCCCCCCCCCCCCCCCCCCCCCCCCCCCCCCCCCCCCCCCCCCCCCCCCCCCCCCCCCCCCCCCCCCCCCCCCCCCCCCCCCCCCAC